AUGAUUGAGCAGUUAGAUUGGUUUUUACUGCUCAUGGUGAGCGGGGCCUGUGGAUUUGCCCUGUUCAUGGCCAGGUGGUAUCUAGGAAAAACCACUCGAUCAAAGUCGUCUGCUUCCAAAACCGAGAACACUUUUAAGAAAGGAAAGUUCCAUUCCGAUAUGAACGCACCACCUCCUGAGCCGACACCGCUUUACAUCAAGCCAGAGGAAGUGAGAAAUAGAGACGACCGUCCUUGGAGGCCAUUCAGAGUUCCUUACUAUCAGACAAUGUCUAUAUUUAAAUUAGAUAUCAAUCACUGGUUGGAUAUGGAUAAAUAUUACAUUCACUACAUUGAAGAAAAACGGAGAGUUUUUCAUACGUAUGGCAAUGAGCAUAUUGGGUGGAGCCCUGAGUCAACGGAUGCUUGCUAUGAAUUGCUUGAUACAGUCAAGAAGCAUAUGCUAAAAAGAUAUCCCCUCCUCUUCACCACAGAGGAUGAUGGAGUGCAUGUGAAGAAUGAACUCACAGGCGAGAUUCUUGAGUUUAGCGAACCCCUAAAGGAUCAUCCCUUGGUAUAUGUCUCAAAAUUGGCAAAAGAAGACUUUUACAUUCUUCAAAAAGGUAGCGAUGGGGAAUACAGACUUGCCGCAGCCGCGGUUCCGUUCCCAGGGGGCUCCUUCAAAAUUAGCGAGAAAAUUGGCAAGACAGUGGAUGCGAUUCACGAUGUUGUUCCUUACUACGCAGAAAAAUUGAGAACCUCCAUGUUGCGUUUUUUCGAUAAGAUGGCUCCCGCCGACCCCGUCGAAAGAGCAUCUUUCUAUAUCUCGUGGGAUCAUAGAUUACUUUUGAACAACAUAUAUGCGAUGAAAGAGGGUGAGAAGGUGGAUUCGAGUGUCUUACCGACAGAAUUCAAUGUCAGAGUUGAAAGACAGACGUUGCGGAGACUACCAAAAACUAAAGCCAUUAUUUUUACGAACCAUCCUAUUUUUUACUCGAUCGAUGAGAUGAAAGAUGAACCUCUUAUCCCUUCAUUGCUGCGCAAGAUCUUGGACGAGGCUCCAGAGAAAAUCAUGAAGUACAAGAACUUUGAUGCUUUCAGAGAUCAUCUCAUUCCUUACUUGGAGGGUCUGAUACAGAGACAAAAAGAUCUGGGGCUUAUUGAUGACAGCACUCCGGUUAGGACUCUACCCACGUACCCCUUUGCUCACUUUACCAAGGACUUUAACGAAAAAACUGGAUGGUCUAACCCCAAAAACCCAGUCAAUUACUCGGACAAGCUGCAAGAUGAAAUCAAAGCUGCGAUACCUCUUGAGCAGUCAGCUUUUGGUGCACCUUCCGCUGCAAAAGCUGCGAGAGCUGAAAACCUUCUGGCAGCAUGA